AUGGAAGGAGCUUCAGCUUACAGCUUACAUAUUAUUUAUAUAUUCCUCUCCAUUCGCAUCUUGGACCUCCACUUGAGCUUUUGCAGAAAAUCCAACUUCAUGCAAACAGAGAAACGCCAAGAGAUCUAGAACCAACACAUAGAAAAACCUUGAGUAGUGGAGUGGAGAGCAUGAUGGCGCAAGUAGCUAACCUCAAUUUGGAGCAAAGUCAUGGCAAAUCCAGAGUCAGAGUGGCUAGGGUCUGGAGAGGUCGAGAUGGGUGCCAUUUCAUGGUCGAGUGGAACGUUAACAUCACUUUGCUCUCUCACUGCCUCAAUGCUUAUGUUCGUGGAGACAACUCCGACAUAGUUGCCACCGAUACUAUGAAAAACACUGUAUAUGCGAAAGCCAAGGAAUGUUCAGAACAACUUUCUGUAGAGGACUUUGCUAUUCUACUUGGCAAACACUUCACAUCGUCUUACCAGCAGGUUACUACUGCCAUAAUAAAGAUAGUGGAAAAGCCGUGGGUACGUGUCACUGUUGACAGGCAACCUCAUAAUCAUGGUUUUAGACUUGGAUCUGAGAGGCAUGUUGUGGAGGCAAUAGUACAGAAGUCACUUGUUCUGCAGUUAACUUCAGGCAUUGAAGGAUUAACUUUGUUGAAGACAACCCAGUCAGGGUUUGAAGGGUUUAUUAGAGACAAAUACACAGCUCUUCCUGAAACACGAGAGAGGAUGUUGGCAACGGAGGUCACAGCAUCCUGGAGGUAUUCGUUUGAUUCUGUCUCUAGCAUUCCUCACAAGCCUCUUUACUUCAAUGGGAGAUAUGCGGAUGUGAAAAAGGUUUUGACAGGAACCUUUUUUGGCCCUCCAAAAGAGGGAGUAUACAGCCCAUCUGUUCAAAGUACUCUAUAUGACAUGGCAAAAGCUGUACUGGACAGGUUUCUUGACAUUUCAUCAAUCCAGCUUAAAAUGCCUAAUAUACAUUUCUUGCCAGUUAAUCUAUCAAGCAAGGAUAAUCCUACUAUUGUCAAGUUUGAAGAUGAUGUAUAUUUACCAACAGAUGAACCACACGGAACAAUUGAAGCCAGCUUGAGCCGAGUCCGUUCAAAGAUGUAAAAGUUGUGGUACACAGUGGAUCACAAGGAAGCUAUGGUUAGCAGCUCUGCUCUUUUAAUCUUCAAAAUAAUCAGUGAAAUGGGAGCUGCUUUUACAAUGAACUUUGUUAGUAAAGGACUCAAAAAAACCCCCACCUGGUAGUAUGAUAUUUAAUCAUAAUGGAGUAAUCAUGGUACUCCACUUAGUUCUUCCAUAUUUAGUUUUUGUGUAUAACAGACUGAAGCAGAACCCAACAGUUAAAAAUAAGUUGAAAUAAGUGCUGAUUAAUUCUGUCAGUGCAUAAUUUCUGCA